CUCCUCUACUGCUCCGUUGCUGCCGCGUGGAUUGAUGGGAUUAGGGGAACACAUCCUUAAAUCUCUGCAUGCAGCAGGCUCUGUGCACCACAAAGGUUUCAUUUCUGCAGAGAUGUGGUCAAAAAAUCACGAAUGAAGUGGUUCUGCUUCUGCAGGAGUUGUUUUGAGUACGGUCAAGCAGAGAUUAGCCCAGCCACCGGCGGUGAAGGAGGAUCCACCCUCCCCAUGGCGUUUGCACCUCCCAAAAACCCGGAUGGCUCCAAGCUCCGGCUCCGGCUGAGCUCGUGGACUCCGCUGAACCACCAGCUCAUGAACAACAAGGUAUUUGAAGAAAGAAGAUCCCUGCUUGGAAAAUGGUUUGACAAGUGGACAGAUGGCCAGAGGAGGAGGAUCCUGGUGGACCUGCUGGAACGCUGCUCCCUGUCCCAGCAGAAAUUCUGUGCCAAGCAGCUCCAGGCCCGAGUCCCCACUGAGGCCGUCGAUUUUACCACGCGGCUCCCUCGAGUCCUGUCCUUGUACAUCUUUUCCUUCCUGGACCCACGGAGCCUCUGUCGAUGUGCACAGGUGAGCUGGCACUGGAAGUACCUGUCGGAGCUGGACCAGCUGUGGAUGCUCAAGUGCCUGCGUUUCGGGUGGUUCCUCAACUUCUGCCCCACGCCCUUCGAGCAGGGCGUCUGGAAAAAACACUACAUCGAGAUGGUGAGGGAGCUGCGCCUCUCCAGGCCCAAGACUCCUUCCAAGGACGAGUUCAUCGUUAUCGACGUGCAGCCAGUAAAAAGCAACGUCCCAGAGAGGAAACCUUCUGUGGCAGGACUGGGGACAACCAGGGGGAAAAAAGAGCUCCCUCCUUGGCGUUCAUCCGACAGGAACCCCACGGACACCAUCCGCUACAACUACCUGGACAACUACGACCCCAUCGAGCAGGCCAGGCAGGCGAGGAGGAAGGGAGGAGGGCACACCCCGGACCUGAGCAGGCAGGCGGCCGAGAGGAAGAAGAGAGGAGGUCGUGGAUCCACUCAGCUCCGGAAGGUGAAAUCCCUGGCAAGUGUCACCAGGGUGUGAUUCCAGCACCUGGGCCGGUGUCAGGCACCCCCAGGGGUGGUGGAGCUCGGAGUUUUUCCCUCAGGGAAAAACCUGGGCAGGAGGAGGACACCAACCCCCCCCCCCUUCCCAUGGCUGGCUGCUCUGAGGGAAUCUCCCUGCAUCCCAGACAUCGCUGUGGGUGGGAAGGGGACAGCACUGUCAGUGCAGAGAGUGACCCUGUUAUUUAUCCGCUCCUCUACCCCCAAAAAUCCCUUUUCAAGCUUUUUACAAAGUGCUGCCACAGUUCUUUCAUGACUCUUGCACCUCUUCCCAAAACCUCACAACUUUGGAUCGCCGCGGUUCGAUGUUCGUUUGUUCUGCACGCCCUGAGCCCGAGCAAAGCAUCCCCAAACCUUAACACUGAGAGCUCUUUGUGCUCAGGGCUGCUGAAAUAGGACAUCCUCCCAUGAAAGGAGCCCAGGGAAGUCAUUCCAUAAAGCUCCACGGGUUUUGUGGCUCUGGGAACAAAGAGGUGCCUGGAGAAGGCCGUGCUCACCAGCGUGUCGGGGCUCUGGGAGCGGACCUGGCGCUCCCCGAGCACGGAGGGCAGGGAACGCCUGGGAGUUGUGCUAAAAAAGGGUUACAAAAAAAAGAGAGGCAUUGUCUCCCAGAUGGGGAGGCAUCCUCCUGACCCAAAUACAGCCUUGCGUGCAAGGAAAUGGAUUCUGGCACUGUUAGAGCACAGAAAAUAUCAUUAUUCAGCCUCUGUCUUAGGGUUUGCACUCUCUGCAGAUCAGUGUCCUCACACUGUCGGCUCUUAACUUCUUUUUACCAGGGUUGGGAU